GCUCAUAGACUGGACCUCACCGAGCUGUCGCUCCCAUUCAGGCGCCGGGGCUCGGGCAGCGAACACCAGCGGCCGCUCCCUCUCAGAGCCGCUGCCUCCAACAGCUUGGACCAGUCGCCAUGGCGAUAACUGCUCUUUUGGUUAUAGCUGCAACCGGUUGCAGGGAGAGCUUGUAGGGAAUUUCCUCUCUGUCGAGCUCGGUGUCCUGAAUCCGCCGCUGCCUGCAUCAGCAAAGUGUCUUGGCAUCACUUCUCGUCCUUCCUCCGGAGUCAUGUGAAAGGGGUCCGGGGUGGUUGCUCUCGCCGUAGACCGAACCCUCCUCCCCGUCUGCGAGGACGUCCUCUCCCCGACAGCCGCAGUGGCGUAGUGUUCCUGUCUCCGCUGCCCGCUGCCCGGUUCGGUCCGGUUUAUCAACCUGCGCCUCUCCGGCGCACGGCUGAGCCGAGGAUGAGCGAGCAAGGGAAGGGCUCGGCAUCCACCUCCACCGCGGCCCCAGCUCCGGGGUCGGACACCUACAAAGGCUGGCUCUUCAAAUGGACUAACUAUCUGAAAGGGUACCAACGGCGAUGGUUCGUCCUCAGCAAUGGCCUGCUUUCCUACUACAGGACACAGGCAGAGAUGGCCCAUACAUGUCGAGGAACUAUAAACUUGGCUACUGCACAUAUCGACACAGAGGACGCCUGCAACAUUGUGUUGAGCAGCGGCGGUCGCACAUACCACCUGAAGGCGAGCACUGAAGUCGAGCGGCAGAGAUGGGUUACCGCACUGGAGUUGGCUAAAGCUAAAGCCAUCCGCAUGAUGAAUGAUCAGUCUGGUGUUGUGACCCAGUCCUCAUGCACAAACUGCUCCAGUUGUGUCAGGUUUGAAGGGCGCUCUCUCCGGAAGCCAUGUUUCAGCUCCUUCCACAGACGUUCAGCAGGAUUUAGAUCAGGGCUCAUUUCAGAUGACUCAGGAGAUGAGGAGCCGGCAUCGCGGUCGGACCGCAGCGAGAUCCAGGGUACCCUGAAGAUACUUGUCAGCAAGCUUGAUGACCUCAGCACUUGUAAUGACCUAAUCGCCAAACAUGGAGCCGCCCUGCAGCGUUCCCUCAGUGAACUGGAAGGACUGAAAGUCCCAUUGGAGGGAGGGGAAAAGAUCAAGGCAGUUAACGAGAGAGCCACCCUUUUCCGCAUCACUUCCAAUGCUAUGAUCAAUGCAUGUCGAGACUUUUUGGACCUAGCUGAGACUCACAGCAGAAGACUGCAGCGGGCACUGCAAUACGAGCGAGAGCAGCGUACCCACCUAGAGGAGACGAUCGAACAGCUCGCGAAGCAGCACAACAGCCUUGAGCGAGCGUGGAGAGAAGGACCCACGCAUUCUUCCAACACACCCAGUGCCCCAACCACCAGUCAGAGGAGUGAAAGGGUGAACAAAGAAGACGCAAGUGACGAAGAUGAGGAUACUGAGUACUUUGAUGCCAUGGAUGAAUCCACUGCGUUCAUAACAGUGACUGCCAGUGAAAACACAAAACACAAGCGAUCUCAGAGUAAUUUAAGUGCAGCAAGUGGAGGCCAGGCCAGUGACUGGAACCAGGAAGACCAUAUGUCUCCAAUCUGUAAUGAUGUCUCGGCGAAGGAGCCGAAGCGACACAGGCAAAGCCGGACCCAAAUCCCAGACAAGCCCAAUUAUUCCCUAAAUUUAUGGAGCAUCAUGAAGAACUGCAUCGGCAAGGAGCUCUCUAAAAUCCCAAUGCCUGUGAACUUUAACGAGCCCCUGUCCAUGCUGCAACGUCUCACCGAGGACCUGGAGUAUUACGAGCUUCUGGACAAGGCGGCGCGCUGUGAGUCUUCCCUGGAGCAGAUGUGCCUAGUUGCGGCCUUUUCCGUUUCCUCGUACUCCACCACCAUCCACCGCACAGCCAAGCCCUUCAACCCCCUUCUGGGAGAGACCUUCGAGCUCGACCGCCUGGAGGAAUUUGGCUACCGCUCACUGUGUGAGCAGGUGAGCCAUCACCCGCCUGCAGCUGCACAUCACGUGAUUUCCAGAAGAGGCUGGACCUUGAGGCAGGAAAUCACUAUUGCCAGCAAGUUCCGUGGCAAAUACCUCUCCAUUAUGCCUCUGGGUGCCAUUCACCUUCAUUUCCACUCCAGCGGGAACCACUAUGUGUGGCGAAAGGUCACAUCCACGGUGCACAACAUCAUUGUGGGGAGACUGUGGAUUGACCAGUCGGGAGACAUUGAAAUCAUCAAUAACACGACGAAGGAGACGUGCCAGCUGAAGUUUAUACCUUACAGUUAUUUCUCCAGGGAUGUCUCACGAAAGGUAACAGGUGUGGUAACAGACAGUGGAGGCCAGGCUCAUUACAUCCUCUCUGGUACAUGGGAUGAAAAAAUGGAAAGUGCUAAGAUCAUUCACAGCAGCGAAGGGCGCAGCGGAUCAGAAGGAAAGCAUAAGACAGUCUAUCAGACCUUACCCCCCAAACUCCUGUGGAAGAAAUACCCUCUACCGGAAAACGCCGAGAACAUGUACUACUUCUCUUCUCUGGCUCUGACACUGAACGAGCCGGAGGACGGGGUGGCGCUGACCGACAGCCGGAAGAGACCCGACCAGAGACUGAUGGAGGACGGCCGGUGGGACGAGGCGAACGUUGAAAAACAGAGACUAGAAGAGAAACAAAGAGCUGUGAGACGGCGAAGGGAAGCAGAGGCCACAGAUGCACUGGAUGAAGGCAGAGACUAUGAAGGAUACCAGCCGCUGUGGUUUCACCAGAGGAGGGACUCGAUCACUGGCGAGACAAACUUUGUGUACAAGGGCGGCUACUGGGAGUCGAAGGACAGACAGGACUGGAGCAUGUGCCCUGAAAUCUUUUAGCUCAAGAGCUCGUCUCAGAUGACACCGAUCUCAUCGGACAGGGAGCCGCCCGGCCUCUGGGCUGCGGGCCGUAGAACAAAGCCGGCUUGUGAGCACCACAAGGACCUAUAGGAGUGUGAGAAAGUGUGUUUCACACAAUAUCUGAUUACACAUUACCUCCAAAAGUGUUUUUGUUUAUUUUGAACUUAGAAGACGGGGCGUUCCCUCUGCAGUCCUCCCUGCACAGUGCUGAUUUUCUGCUGCUCCUCAAAUAAACUCAGUGCACUUUUUCAGAAUUGACUCUACUACAGAUUAACAGCAACUGGACAAAAAUUUCAUAUGAAUGCCGAUUCUUACUGGUGUGAAGAAAUUAUCAAGAGCCACAACUGAAACACAACAGUGUUGAAUAUACAUGUCAGUGUUUCCUCUUAAAGACAAAUGACCUCACAUGUCAAUUCAGUAAAACCCUUAAUCUCAGUAAUCCCAGUGAACUAUAAAACCUAACUGACUCCCUGACUACAUGGAGAAGAUUACAAUCAGGUUGAUUUACAAAAAAAGUCUUAAAAAUAUUGAUAAGACCGAUUAUAUGCUAUACACUGAACUACUGAACAGUUUAAAUGCAGAUCAGACAGCUCAAGUGCAAUUAUAAGAAAAUCAUUAGAAAGGAAAAUUGAAUUUUGAAGUGAAUAGUUUUUAAAAUAUGAAUGCCAGGCUGCCAAAAAUCUCUACUACAAUAUAUUAAAUAAGUAAAUAAUUAAGUGAAAGUAGUUAGUCAGAUUUUGUACAAAAUAUUUUUUUUAUUUAAUUGAUAUAUCACAUGCCAGAAAGCUAUUUUAUUUGAAGUGAAAGUUGAUGUUUCUCUUAACUCAUGACUAUAGAGAUACAGUUUUUGUUUUUAGGAGACUCUUUAUGUAGUCUGAGGAAAAUGACAUUUAAUGGAUACUUUAUAUAAAUAUUUUAAAUUAAAGUUGCCUCUUUGAUCUGUCAUCCAAAGAUCCUCCAGAUAUUUUUCCAUUUGUGAUUGUGGGUAGCUAAAUUAUAUAGGAGUGGUGGAAACAUUUAGGUGGCACGCAGUGUGUUCCACAUUUGUGCCAGAUCAAAACAUUCAUUUCACAUUUACUGAACUCUUCAUUAAGGCCUUUGAAAGCACUUUUGGCUGUGGUUCAUUGUAACUGUGCAUCUCAGCUUGUGAGUCGAGAACUGUGCCAGCCGUGGAAUAAUUUUUGAACAAUGUAGAAAAAAACAGAUCAAAUGUUUUUACAUAUUGGAGUUGAAACUGCUUGUAAUCACCUUCACCAAUGUUAUGUCACUAAAUGAGGGCCGGUCAUUUCACCUCUUUGCCAGUUCUCAUCUUUCAAAGCUUCUAUCAUUUAAUUUAUUUUGCUGAAGAAUAUUUUGCACCAAACAUGUUUCAGUUUCUACUCACCUGGAGAACGUUUCACUCCUGCUUUGAUGACAAAUGGUUUGAAGGAAUUUCUGUCAUAAACAGAAAUGACUUUAUUGUAUUUCUACAAGAUAUUGUUGUAGAAAUAAUAUAUCGCUCACCAUAUUUUAUCAGCUUAAUGGCCUACAUUAAACCAAUAUGAAUAGAAAAUGGGUCUAAUUUCAAACUCUGUACAUAUACAAUCAUAGAUGGGAGCUCACCAUUUUAUAACUAUCCCCUUAGUUUGUUAUGUGGUUAGAGUUUAUGACUAAAAUGUUUGUUAUUUUUGUGUGUGUGUGUUUUUUUUUUUUACAAGUUAUGAAGGAAUGUCAUGACCAGGUGUAGGUAAAUCUGCACAUUUGAAUUGAUGAAGUUGUGAAUUAACCUGUGGCCUCCUGAACAGAUUUUAAUUGUCCAAUUUAAAUAGAGGGUGCAACUCAAGGGUUUAUCUGAUCAGAGUCAAAAACCUUUUCAUUUUUGCACUUUUUUCUCAUUGACUUUAGAGCGACCAUUUUCACAUGUGCCAACAAUCACAGGCGUCUGCGUCGAAACUCUAAAAGGUGGCGCACCUCUAGACUAAAAGUGAGUGCAGAUGGCCUGAACUGAUGUUUAGAAAUCUCCCCUCUGCGCAUGUUCUUUACCUUGUUUUCUGGUGCUCACACACAGCCUCGCCCUCUGUAACCCCUUGGUGAUUGUACAAAAAAAAAAAUCUGCACCUUAUCACUGACGCGUUUGUUAGUUCUUAGAUCAUUCAGCCUGCUAUUUGUUGGUGUUUCUUACUUGAAUCCCACCAACUCUUCCAUCAGCAAUGGCUCUGAGAUUAGAGGGAGUCCCGCCUGUGCGUGACCCCGGAGCGGCCUGCGCGCGGCGCUGCGGGCGGAUUCAGCUGACAGGCGGGUAAAGAUGAUUGCAGAGGCAGACAGGGCUGGUUCCUGUUGCGCUCCGGUCGGCUGCAGCCACAGAGGAUUGCCUCAGCUGCUGCUGCUGCUUCGACACCAAAUCAUAACUCCUUCACUGUUUGCGAACAUGCUGAUCUGGGAUCAGCACACAAAGAUACACAGAGUCUUUUUGCCUUUAACUGACUGAACAAGGGAACGAGUUCCCUGACCUGUGCACUACGAGUCUAUGGAGACAAGAGUUUUAAAAAAAAAUGAGUUAGUAUUUUUUUGUAAUCAUUGUUAGGAAUGUAGAAAGUAUAGCUGGAGGUAAUUGUACCUACCGUCGAGUCAGUUUGUGUGAAUAUUUUGUCAUAAUAUUGUAAAAACGAUUAAUAGAUCUACUAAACUAUGUAUGGAGCAUCUGUACAGAAAUUACAGAGCCUGAAGGAUUUAUUGUCACUUUUAACUUCUAACCUGAACUGAUUCUGUCUGAGUUAACCCUGAGAAACCUGUAAUUUGGCCAAAAAUCUGUCUUAACACAAUAAAAUGUGCUUUUGAUAGAGUCCUUAAGGCUCACAUGUUAGAAAUGUUUUCCUCUGAUGUGAUGAUGUGGAGAAAAUAAUAUCCUUCCCAUUUGUCCUGAUUGAUUGAAGAAGAUUUUUGGUUUGAGAAUACAAGAUCAUAAAAUGA